GAAGAUUCUCAAGGAUCGCUUCACCAGGGCAAUACGAGAUUCAUCUCGGAUGAACCCAGGGGAGUCGAGGACGGAUCUCAUAGUACUCUUGCGGAUAACAUGGAACCAGAUCAUGCUACCUAUCGUCGGCGUACUCGAGCACGUUCUCAAACUAAAGCACCGCUCUCGAAUCUGGUUGUGUCCCACUGCAGCUUUUACGUCCAUCCCUCUCCAUGCAGUUCAUCCGUUUCAAACAAAGGCAGAUCGUUCUGGGAAGGCGCUGUGCCUGGAGGAUCUCUACAUUUGCUCUUACACGCGGACACUUUCGGCUCUGAUAAGAUCUAGACAGUUGGUAAAGAAGCGCGUGCCUCCGUCCUUUGUGGCGAUCGGACAGGGUCAACCAGGUGCAGGGAAAGGGAAGGCACUCUUGGCUGUCGAUAGCGAGCUCGAGCUUGUCUAUAAGCUCGUCCCUGCGACUGCCAACUGCACCACUAUUUCUGACGACGCAGCUACACGAGCAAGUGCACUCUCAGCUUUGCAGCAGAACACCUGGGCGUACCUUGCUUGUCGUGGCAAGCAGGAUCCUACGCAGCCUUAUGAUUCGCAUUUCGUCAUGAGAGAUGAACAUCUGACGCUGCUCGAUAUCAUGGAGAGACAUCUUCCGCAGGCCGAGUUUGCGUUCUUAUCGGCUUGUCACACCGCUGUAGGCCAUGAAAAGACGCCUGAUGAAGUGAUCCACCUCGCAGCUGGUCUCCAGUUUUCAGGGUUCAAGAGCGUCGUUGGCACGCUGUGGGAGGUCGACGAUGCUGUCGCGAAACACGUUGUCGAAGCUUUCUGCAAGUAUAUGUUUGGAGAUUUGAAGAAUGGGACUGUACGAGGGCAGCCUGGGCACUCAACUGUGCUACGCACGCGGUGAAGACGAAAGUGCCGCUCGAGCAGAGGAUGGUAUUUGUUCAUAUUGGUGUGUAGUUCUACGUCGUAUUGACGGUCGUCUGGUAUACAUUCACAUG